AUGGACAGGGACGGAGGCGCCGACCUGGGCGCCACACCGAGGGAGCCCCCCGUCGGCCUGGGCGCUGCGGAGAUGGAAGGGCCCGCCGGCCUGGCCACCGCGCCGCGGGCGGCCCCCGCCGGCCUGGCGGCCGCGCCGCGGGCGGACCCCACCAGCCUGGGCAGCGCGUCGCGGGCGGCACCCGCCGGCCUGGGCGGUGCCUCGCGAGCGGCACCCGCCGGCCUGGCCGCCGCGCCGCGGGCGGACCCCGCCAGCCUGGGCAGCACGUCGCGGGCGGCACCCGCCGGCCUGGGCGGCGCCUCGCGAGUGGCACCCACCGCCCUGGCCGCCGCGCCGCGGGCGGACCCCGCCAGACUGGGCAGCGCAUCGCGGGCGGCACCCGCCAGCCUGGGCAGCGCCUCGCUGGCGGCCCCCGCCAGCCUGGCCGCCGCGCCGCGGGUGGCACCCGUCGGGCUGGGCGGCGCACCGCGAGCGGCCCCAGCCGGUCUGGCCGCCGCGCCGAGGGUGGCCGCCGCCGGUCUGGCCGGCGCGCCGAGGGGCGGCCCGACCGUUGUGGGCGGCGUGACCGACGCGACGAGGGAGGCAUCAGGCAUGGAGCAAGAUCCGUCCAGGGGUGAUUUCGGGGACCAGGAUGAUGGUGACCAAGGUCUGGCCGUCGGCGGAUGA